AUGGACGAUAUCAGUCAUGAUUCUGCGACUAUGCAGCUCCCUUUUGCCCAGCGACCGAUUGUUAUCCUAGGCGCUGGCAUUAUUGGCUGUGCCACAGCCCAUCAGCUCCUGCAACACGGCUUCUCCGUAGUGUUAGUGGCGGAGUUUUUACCAGGCGAUCAAGAUAUCACAUAUGCUUCCGCAUGGGCAGGCGCAGCAUGGCAUCCAGCAGGCGGUAUCACCCCUAACCAGCGCUAUAUACAGGCUAUCACCCAUCGCGUUCUCCUUAAGAUGGCACAAGAUCCCGACUCAGGAGUCAGCAUCGUCGAUUUUCGGGAGAUGAGUCAAGGCGAAUAUCCUGACAAUUUCCAUUCAGCCUGGGCCUAUCAAACGCCCGUCACGGAUCCAACGCUACAUAUACCGUAUUUAAAGAAGAAGAUAAUCGGUAUGGGCGGAAUAUUUAUUCGACAUCGAGCUCGGUCUCUCCAGGAACUGUUCGACAAGUUCCCUGAGUCUCGCAUCUUUAUCAAUGCCAGUGGACUGGGUAGUAAGACCCUGGAGGAUGUGCAAGAUGACCAUUGCUUUGCUGAACGAGGACAAAAUGUCUUUCUUCGAACGGAUAAAUUCCAUACAAUGUAUUUUCGAAAUGGCCAAGAAUACACCUAUAUCAUUCCACGGCCACUUUCACAGGGUGUGGUGUUGGGAGGUGUUAAACAGACCGAUAACUUAUCGCCUGAUGUGGAUCCCUACAUUGCCCAAGACGAGAUUGCACGGGCCCAUCGACUCGCCCCGGAUAUUGUCCCUUCACAGCCCGCAGUUGAAGAUAUAAGUCAUAUUAUUGGAAUCCGAUCGUCUCGACGGGGCGGUUAUCGACUUGACUCCGAGCAACGAGGGGAUAAUACAGUUCUAUCUGCCUAUGGGUUUGGUGGUGGUGGAUAUGCAUUUUCAUACGGCAUCGCAGAUGCGUUAUUGAAGAUGGUAGAGAAGACCGAACGGGCAAAAUUGAUAGAUUGA